AUGAGUUCAGUCAAAGCAAAUACAGUAAAGGCCAGCCCGGUAAAAAGUCCAGUCAAGAAACCCACUGAACCAUCCAAAAAGGAAGAUAACCCUGAGACAUCGAAUCCAGAAAAUUUUGAUGAUGAGCCAUCAAUAUUGUCUGAUCCAGAGGAUUACUUGGAAGAGAAUGAAUCAUUGGACAUGAAUUUAAGCAGAGGUGAUCAGAAAGUGUGGUUAGUAAAGUUACCUAGAUACUUGAUGGAUGAAUGGUCUAAUAAAGAAACCAUGAAUGGACAACAACUUGGGAAUGUCAAGAUAAGAAAAGACAGCAAGGGUAAAUUGCAAGUUAAACUAGUGUUGAGUGAUGAUAGUAGUGAUAAAAUUCCACAUGAUUAUGACAUAAAGAUGUUAAACACACAGGUCAAUAACUCAUAUGCGUUUACAGAAGAGAAUUUAAAGAAAUUCAAACAAGAAUUGACAGAGGUAUCAGAAAUGCCUGAACAACCCCAGUUGAAAGAUUUAAACGCCGAAAAGAAGAAAUUCCAGCCUAGAAGAAAAUUUAGAUACUUCAGAGUUCAAAAAGAAGGUCAAGAUGGCCAACCAGUUAAGAAAUAUAUCCCGUUUGUUAAAACUAUUCCCAAGAAGACAAGUUUAAUGGGUAAAGUGUGUCAUGAUUGUACGGUUAUUCCAUCAAAGACAGGUCCAAAGAACGGAGAAUCAUUGAUGAGGCGCCAGAAUAUGACCCAAGGAAAGGAAAGACCAAAAGUGACCGUAUUAAACGAAAUUCCGGGUGUUAUCCAGUCCAAUGCAGGGCCAUCAAUCAAGGGUUCCAGUACUUCGGUGUUCUUGAGAUCUACCCAAGGUAAAAACAAGAGUGAAGGAAGAGCUAUCAGAAUGCCAAAGAAAGAUUUGUUGGAUUUAUUGUUCAGGUUAUUUGAAGAGUAUGAGUAUUGGUCAAUGAAGGGAUUGAAGGAAAGAACAAGACAACCAGAGUCUUACUUGAAAGAGUCAUUGGAUUCAAUUGCAACUUUGAUCAAGAGAGGACCUUACACUUCUAAAUAUACUUUGAAGCCUGAGUAUAGAAGAUUAAGAGAUGCAGAAAGAGCUGUCAGAUUAGGUAUAGAUGAAAACGAACAAAACAAAGAAAAUGACGAAAAUGAAGAAGAAGAAGAUGAAGAGAUGGAAGAUGUAGUUUGA